GCCUGCACACCCACUGGUGCACACACUUCUUCAACUUGUUCACAACAUCUUUGAGGAGAGACUUGGACACACUUGCAGUUCCAGCAUUAGAAACGUUAUUCUUUUGCAUGUCACCAUGCGCUGGAUGCUGGCUGGAUUCUGUGGGCUCGCUUUGAUCAGUCUGUCAGUGGCCCUGAAGAUCCGCCAGAAACCCCGCUUCUAUGGCGUGAAAACCAACCGUGAUGUGUAUAUUUACUGUUCGGUGGCAAAGCAAAACCAGAAACACGAAGUGGACUGGUACAAAGCCGAUGAGUACGACGUGCCUCAUGCAAAAAGGAUAAAGGUAGAGAAGCAAGAAAGGAUUGCGUUCGAGGACAAGGGUAUGAUCCGAAACGCCUAUCUCAUCCUCGCCAAACUACAAACAGACGACAGUGGAGUGUACUUCUGCAGGGUGAAAGAUACCUGGGGACCUGGGACUGAACUACGAGCUGUCAGACCCAUCAAACGUUCCCAGGCUCUAUACAGGAGCCAGAUGAAGGACAGUCUCAUGGUGGUCCAGGGCCUGCUGUUGGCUGCGUGCAUCGCUGCUCUGCUGCUGCGCAGACGAACGCUGCUGGAGCAGAAGGACAGCAUAUAUGAGGAGCCUGAAACUGACCACAUCUAUGAGGGCUUGGCGAUUGAAACGUGUGGCGGAGGUCUGUAUGAGGAACUGGCUGUGUACAGUCAGGCUGACGGAGCUGAGGCCCCAUGGGAGUGAGACCGACACAACUGGGCUGUGUGCCACCCUCUACGUUCUGAAUCAUAGGUUGUAAAGUAAAAAUAAUAGAGUUUAAUUAGUCCACGCAAGGGUGGAGAUUUGUCAUUUUCUUCUCAGUUUGUUUGAACCUCAAGAAGUUUCUGUGUGUUUUUUUUUGCUCUUGCUUCACUGUAGGCUCAUGUUUCACUGCAAUAUAAAGUCUUGUACGGGUGUCGGUCACAGAUUUUACCUGGAAGAAAACAAAAAACCUACAAUUAUAUGUUUAAUUGGUUUCCAUUGUUGGCCCCUAUCUGUUUUGUGUAAACACAACCUGAGUCACAAACGGUGUCACGGUUGUGCCAAAGAACCCAGAAUCUUUAUUGGU